UGCAUGUAUUCAGCGCAUGCGCGCGUUACUUUCGACGCUCCAUAGCUUGCAGCAGUGUGAAGAUGGCGGCAGGCUCCGAUUUGCUAGAUGAGGUUUUCUUUAACGCUGAGGUGGACGAGAAAGUAGUUCGUGAUCUUGUGGGGUCUCUUGAGUCCGAGUUUUCGGGUCACGAGAGCCCUGAGGCAAGUAGCCAGACAGUCGCUAAACACAUGGCCAGUUCCGGGACAGGGUUUAAUGCUAAUGUCCAGCAGAACAAACGGGGACUUGCUCAAGAGGUUGCAAAAGCAGGGGCUGGAGUGCAAAAGGGGUGUCAUUAUUAGUAAUACGUGGUCCCAGGGUUCAGCUAUGGAUGCCUCAUCGAGUGAGUCGGACUCAUCGGCACGACACGGCCAAGGAAAGACUGUUGCUGUCAGUGCCAGUAUAAUAACUCCUCUCCCAAACCACGGGGGGAAAGUAGCCUCUUCCGCAACUCAAACUUUGAAUGGAGGCAGUUUAAUGAACUGUCACAAUUCAGGAAGCGCUGUCUCUCUCACUGGGGCACCGCUGUCAAGUAGUUGCACGAGUAGCGGCAAUGCCUCGGUAGCUGUCACAGUUGUCAACAACGGGCCGGGGUUGUCAAAAGGACAUGCGAGCGCAGUAAUGCCACCUUCAUUGAACACCACUAUCACCCAGACAUCAUUCGUGAACUCUCAGAAUGUUGUCACCUCGUCUCACGCUGCGAGUCUGGGCACUGGACCUGCCAUAUCACAUAUUGUGAGGCCAUCUAUGCAAACUGCGGGAUCGGGUACAGCGAAUGGUCCUAAUGUGGGAUUGCCUUUCGAUUGCCUGAACAAUGGUCAGUCGCCCACGUCUGUGGCUGUCAGUGCGGGGUCGCACAUGAUCAUGGCAGAGGCGCCCAAAACAAGCAUACAGACUGCUUCAUGUGCUGUAACGAACCCGUCGUUCCAGAGCGCACCGAGGGCUUCCACUCCGGUGACAGUGGCUGCAAGCCCGGGAGGGAGCCGUUCUAUCGCGCAACAGGUGUUGGCGCCUCGGCACCCCCAGACAUCCCCGAACCAGCCCAACGUUCAGAACAUCCAGCUUCCCCCAGGUAUGGUCCUGGUGCGCAGUGAGAGUGGGCAGCUGUUGAUGAUCCACCAGCAGACCCUGGCUCAGAUGCAGUCCCAGUCCCAAUCCCAGGGAGUCAUGGCCCCCCGCCCAGCCACCCCCACCAGCACUCCUCCUUUCCAGAUCACCUCAGUCCAGGCUCCUGGAACGCCCAUCCUCACUAGGCAGGUGACUCCCACCACUAUCAUCAAGCAGGGCUCACCUGUGCCAACCUCUGCUCCUGUCACCACCACACUCCAGAGGCCUCCUGUCCUACAGAGUCCCAUGAUCGUGGUAGGGGCUGCUGCAAGCACUUCUAUGGGGACAGCGCUACCAGGGGCCACCCAGAAGACCGUCACCGCAUCACCCGGGACCACUGUCACCUUGGCAACGGAGACGAUGGAGAAUGUGAAGAAAUGCAAGAACUUCCUGUCUACAUUAAUCAAGCUGGCGUCCAGCGGGAAGCAGUCCUCAGAGACUGCCGCCAACGUUAAAGACCUGGUCAAAGAUCUCCUGGAAGGGAAGAUUGAAGUCGAGGACUUCACUAACAGGUUAUACAGAGAGCUCAACUCCUCACCUCAGCCUUACCUCGUGCCUUUCCUCAAGAGGAGCCUUCCUGCUCUGCGGCAGCUCACCCCAGACUCAGCAGCCUUCAUCCAGCACAGUGGGCUCCAGCAGCAGGCCUCUGCCACCACCCCUACCACUGUGGUACUGGACAGCCCAGCCCUGCGCCCUGCAGCCCCAACCAUCAGACCACACCUCCAGCCUGUCAUCAGCAAACAGGGGCUGACUACCCCAAUGGUGCUCCAGCCUCGGCAGCAGGGGGCAAUGGUAAGGCCUCUUCAGAUGACCCCCAUGGUGACCCUCAGAGGUCCGCCCCCCCACAGUCACAUCAUGCUGGGACAGCCACAGGUGCAGCUCAAACAGCUACAGACAGUCCCUGUAGUGAAUCCUGGAGUGUUGACUGGAUCUAAGUCGUCUCCUGUUGCUGCCUCUCUGGCCACUGUAGUUCAGAAGAACAAGCUGAAAGAAGCUGGGGGCACGUUCAGGUCAGCUAUGGAUGACGAUGACAUCAAUGAUGUGGCAUCUAUGGCUGGGGUUAACCUGUCUGAGGAGAGUGCCCGUAUCCUGGCAACCAACUCCGAGCUGGUGGGAGCGGUGACACGGUCCUGUAAGGACGAGGCCUUCCUCCAUACCGCCACACUGACCAGUAGAAUACUGGAAAUAGGUAAGAAGUUUGGUGUGAGUGAUCUGGGGCCGGAGGUAGUGAACUACGUGUCCCACGCCUCCCAGACCAGGCUGCAGAACCUGUUGGAGAAAGUCUCUGAGGUGGCCCAGCAGAGGAACAUCAACUUCAAGGAGGACAGUCGGUACGAGCAGACGAGCGACAUGCGAGCCCAGAUCAAGUUCUUUGAGCAGCUGGAUCAGAUGGAGAAACAGAGGAAAGAGGAGCAGGAGAGAGAGAUUCUGAUGAAGGCAGCAAAGUCUCGUUCUCGUCAAGAAGACCCUGAGCAGCUGCGGUUGAAACAGAAGGCCAAAGAGGUAAGAGGGAUGGAUAGAAUUUGGCAUAAUAAAAUAUGUGUCACCGAAGUGUCCAUAGUAGGGGUGUGUUUGUGUAGGCCUAUCUCGUGGAUAUGUGUUUGUCUCCAGAUGCAGCAGCAGGAGCUGUUUCAGUUGAGACAGAAGGAAGCUAACCUGACGGCGCUGGCAGCCAUCGGCCCCAGGAAGAAGAGGAAAAUGGAGGCUGCAGCCGCUGCAGCUGGAGCUGAGGGCUCAGGGUCCAGUCCCGCUGCGUCUGGUAGUGGUAGUUCAGGAGCAUCCAGACAGUUUAUCCGCCAGCGCAUCACUCGUGUCAACCUCAGGGACCUGCUCUUCUGUUUGGAGAAUGAGAGAGACACCAGUCAUUCCCAUCUCCUCUACAAAGGCUUCCUCAAAUAGACACCCAGAGAGCCAGUCCAGAGAGCUGUCACCCUAACCUUCACUAAAGCAACUCUCUCAAAUAGGGCUGUACCCUAGAAUUGGAUAAAGAGGACAGCAAUACAACGAUGUCAAGAUUCUCCAGGCCACAGUGAAUGGAGCUACCUAAAGUGACUGGAACGUUUGUCUCCCCUGUAUACUCUGGAUGUCCUUUCGCUCUUCAUCUGGUUCUAGGCCUGACUGCUCCCUCAACACUCCUCCACCUUCCAUCAGAGCAAUCCUGGAGCGUUCACAUUUUCUACUGUUUUUAUUUCCUUUUUAUUGACUUUGUUUUAGAAUCCCCUUUUAAUGAAACUGUAAAUAAAUUAAUACAUUAUUAUACAUUUUACUUGGAAGGCCGUUUUGUAGUGUGCAAACCGAUUCUACAAAAUAGUCAAUUUAUUUUAUAAUUCUGUUUAUAUGAAAAAAUAUAUUUUUAAUAAUUAAUCAUCACUGUUUCUAGCGAUUGUUAAGAACAAUUAUCCUUAUUUUGUUUUUGGUAUUCUAUUGGCCUCUGAAUUAGUUUGAACACUUCUGAUUUCUUCUUGCCUUCCUGACAAAAGAAGCCAUAUAUUUUAAUAUAAUGUUGAACAGCAAAGCAAUUCAUCUAGUGAUUCAUUCUGAAAUCUGAAGCAGUCAAUGUGUCUUUAGUUUCUCUGUUUGAGCUUGUCUUGAAUUCAAUGUCUUGUAUUUAUAUUCUGUAAUCAGAUCAAACACGUUUUUCUUUUCAGUCUCCAUUUGUGUUUUUGAGAUCACAUCUCCUGUUUCUGCAUGAGAUAAGGUGUGAAAAUGUGUAUUUUAGAGGGAAUGAGUUGAUAGUCUCUACAAUUGUAUUCUAAUGAUUUAAUAUUUGUUUUAUGCAUUUUUGGGUCAUUUAGGUAUUUGCAAUGAUGAAUUAUUGGAUUUCAACAAUAGUAAAAACUAUUUUAAAAUAGACAAACUCAAAGGCCCCUUUGUCACCACAAAACAACUGUGCAUAUGCAUGUAGGAAAGUUUCAUUUUUAUUAGUUUUAUUGGACUGCAUGUAUUCUACCAUUUCUCAAAUAACUUUAUUCUUAUAUUCUAACCCUAGACUUGAUGAUAUUCUGAGGUAUGAAUGGUGAUGUUAUUAUUUUUUAAAGCUGUCCUAUCUGUUCAAUAAUCUGUGCUUCUGUUCUGAUGCCCCAUUGGACAGCCCUGGCUAGAACUCAGUGGUAUAUUUUCCUGAUCACUUAGAUUUUAGAUGAAGAUUUUUCAGUACCUGUUACUUUCCAUAUUUGUCUCUUACAGAGAAAUCAAAGUAAGGGGGAAGCAUUGCAUGUCUCCCUUAUUUCUUGUACAUUUUGCACAGACACUUGUUCAUAUGUAAAUAUUUUACCUAAGGUUUUUUAACUGCAAUGGUUUUGUAUAGGAUUGAAAGAUAAUAAACUCCUUCAUUAAAAGUGCAAAA